AUGGGGUUAGUUGGCAGAACGUUGGGGCUUGUCGGUAUGGGCAACAUCGGAAAAGAGGCGUUUAAACUGGCGAAACCUUUCGGGAUGCGCCAUAUCACCUACGAUCCGUACGUCACACCUGCUGAAGCGGAAGAGGUGGGUGUAGAACCCGUCGAUCUGGAUACCUUGAUGCGAACCGCUGAUUUUGUAUGUGUCUGCUGUCCAUUAAACGAAGAGACGCGCGGACUCAUUGAUGCGAGACGUAUCGGGCUGAUGAAACCAACGGCUUAUCUGAUUAAUACCGCACGCGGUCCAAUCGUUGUUCAGAAAGCACUCACAGAAGCCCUUCAAAAUCGACGGAUUCAAGGAGCAGGUCUCGAUGUCUUUGAACAAGAACCAAUUAGCGACGAUGAUCCGCUCUUAAGUCUGGACAACGUUAUCGUAACCCCACACAGCAUUUGCUGGACGGAUGAAUGCUUUGAAGGCAACGCCAAGAGUACGUGUGAGAGUAUCAUCAACGUGGCUUCCGGGCAAAUUCCAACGUGGGUUGUGAAUCGAGAGGUUAUAGAUAGCCCGAAAUUACAGCAGAAGUUAGCGCGUUGA